GCGGCGGAGCUGGGAUCAGCCGGGAGCGAAAAUGUGAAGGUGGAAUCCGACUGAGCAGCAUUGUGUUGUGUCACUGUUUCCCUGUGCAAGGAAAAAAACAACAAAAAAACACAGCCGACGUUUACACAGCAGGAGCGAGAGCUUUAUUUGGAUAUCCCAUCCAAAUCUGGGAUUUAUCCACCCUUAUGUUUCUUUUUUCAUAUUUUGGUGCCUCUCUUUCUGUCCACCUUCUAAGAAAUUGACUGGAAGCGGUGUUGCUGAGAGUGAGGAGCAUCAUUCGCGUUGGCUGGAUGUUCGUUUGUAAUUGCACAAUUUGGAAGGAGCAAACUGCCCCGUGAAGAUUUCCUCCUGCUUUAUGGGAUUAUUUUUUGACGAAGCCGCUUUGUUUUGGAUAAGGACGCGUUGGGCACCAUGAGUUCCAGUGCUUAUCACCAAGGAUCAACAGGCGGUGAGCGGAGCUCCGGACCAAUCCGGUGCCAGCGAUGUCGGGAAGUAUGCAAGGGAGAGGUGGUACGAGUACAAGACACCCACUUUCAUGUCAAGUGUUUCACCUGCACCGUGUGUAACUGUGAUCUGGCACGAUCUGGCUUCUUCCAGAAGAAGGGCGAGUACAUCUGCACGGCAGACUAUCAGCGUUUGUACGGUACGCGCUGUGACCGCUGUGACAGCUUCAUCACUGGAGAAGUGGUCUCCGCUCUGGGACGCACGUACCACCCCAAGUGCUUUGUCUGCAGUGUCUGCAGUAAGCCCUUUCCUAUCGGAGACAGGGUAACGUUCAGUGGAAAGGACUGCGUGUGCCAGCAGUGCUCCCACACACUUGUCAAGUCAAAUGAACCGAUCAAGAUCCACGGGCCAAGCCACUGUGCCGGAUGUGGAGCCGAAAUCAAGCAGGGUCAGUCCCUUCUGGCAUUGGAGAAGCAGUGGCACGUCAGCUGCUUCAGAUGUCGGACCUGCAAUAUGGUCCUAACCGGAGAGUACAUCAGCAAGGAUGGAGUGCCAUACUGUGAGGCAGAUUACCACGCCCAGUAUGGGGUGAAAUGUGAGACCUGCAGCAGAUACAUCAGUGGAAGGGUCCUGGAGGCGGGAGGGAAACAGUACCAUCCGGCUUGCGCUCGGUGCGCCCGCUGCAACAUGAUGUUCAAAGAGGGAGAGGAAAUGUACCUGACAGGAUGUGAGGUGUGGCACCCAUUAUGCAAGCAGGCGGCGAGGGCGGAGAGGAGGCUCAGGCACAGACGCCUGUCAGAGACCUCCAUCUCUCCGCCCGGCUCCUCCAUAGGCUCUCCCAGUAGAGUUAUAUGUGCCACAGUGGAGAAUAAGAUCCUAGAUUAUAAGGACCUAGCUGCACUGCCAAAGGUCAAGGCCAUAUAUGAGGUCCAGCAGCCAGACCUCAUAUCCUCCUCAUACCAGCCGUACCUCAGAUACACCUCUGAUGAAAGGCUAGACACUUACAGCUGUGGGGAGUCACUCGGGACACUUUCUCCCUAUUCUCAGGACUAUGACAGCCUGGACAUAAAGCAGAGGCGGUGCUCCAGCCCAGGUUACAUCGACUCGCCGACGUAUAGCCGCCAGGGCAUGUCGCCCAUCCUGCCCCGAUCUCCACAGCACUUCGGCUACCCCGGCUCUGAGAGUGGCAGGAGUUCACCUUAUUACGGCCAAGAGGGGCGGUCAAGCACGCCCACCACAAACCAGCCCCCUAAACAUUUUCAUGUGCCAGCCACAGGGGACCCCAACAUCUACAGGAAGCCUCCCAUCUAUAAGAGAACGGACAAUCAUUUGGAAGCAGCAACCAAAAGUAGGACCAGUGAGGACAUCCUCAGGUCCUCCAGACUGUCCACCUACUCUCCAGAGCCGUACGCCCAGUCAGAGUCUGACUACUACCCCUACACCAGCUCCCCAAAGGCCUAUCGGGCGCCGAGAAGACGCUUCUCGACGGGAGGAGAUGAAGAGAGUUGGAGUCACGGUCUUCAAAGAAUUGGGAGUGGCAUCGGGAGGAUGAUCCUAAAGGAGGAGAUGAAAGCCAGAUCGGGUUCCUAUGACAACGACCCCUGGGGCAGUGCGAGGAAUUCUCGUAGCGGGAGCAAGGAAACACUGAACACUACAGGCUACGGCACCACGGCGUACAACAACACCAUCAACGGCUCUCCUCGUUCUCAGUACAGCACGGAUAGUGAUUUUGUUUGUAAGUCGGCUUCGCUACCGGGGUAUGGACGCAACGGCAUCCAGAGGCCUCAGAGUGCAGAUUGCUACCAGUACCAGUACGACACUGGCAGCGAGGUCAACUGGGGAAGCAGAGCAGAAUACAAGAUUUACCCAUAUGAAUCACUCAUUGUCACCACCAGAGGGCGCAACAGGCUGCCCAAAGAUGUAGACAGAGCCAGACUAGAACGCCACCUGUCCCCAGAAGAGUUUGUCCAAGUGUUCGGUAUGACCGUGGAAGACUUCGACCGCCUGGCCCUGUGGAAGAGGAACGAGCUAAAGAAACAGGCCCGACUGUUUUAGCUUUCAUGGGGACAGCCGUUGAACACUGCCACAACAGAGCCGAAGACCGACUGUGGGAGAGGCAGAAAGACGGGAACGCUUCUUCUCAGUUACACUGCCAUGCCCGAGAUCUCUUUCCAGAUCGCCUCGCACGACAAACCAAAUUCUGGCCACAAUAGAGUGGGUACUUAUGGGAUACAGCGGAAAGGCCACACAGAGACUUUAUGCACAGAUUUACUGAUAAACUGUUGGUGGUUGCCGGUGCAGUUGCGCGCUGGAGUGGAGUGUAAGCAAUAGAGACUGUCAUGCAGUAGUGUUGUGCUUUUCUUAAGACAUGCCUGUGCCCCUGUACGGCCACGUGAGAGUGUCCAGAGCUGCAGGACUAGAACACAAUGAGGAGAAUUUUGGCUUUGCCUUAUUUGUAUGCUCUUUAAGUUAUGACUGUGCGGCACCAGCAAUCUGACUGAGUAGAAUGUAGAAAUGGUAUAUCGUUUAUGACACUUUAUUGGCGUGAAUGAUUAGACAAGAGGAAUGAGUGUGGGCCUGCAGCAUCACUUUGCUUUGGUUUAACGAUGCAUUUUCUUUCUAUCUUUUUCUUUUUUUUUUUUUAGCUCUUUCACAUGAAUCAGCGUCCCUUCCAGUUUACACUAUCAGACAGACACAAACCAUCUGAGGGGGGUUAAAAGUUUUUUUCCAGUUUAAUUGAUUUGUGUGAAACUGAAAACCAAAGUGAGAAUGCAAAAACACCACAUUUUGGCACAUCACUUCCUCGUAGCGCCGUCGAGAUGGAUGCAGUUCACUCUGCAGCUGUACGGUGACCUAAAAGAAUGUGCAAUCCAGUAGAUUUAAUAGAUGAAGGAAGUGCUAAUCCUGUCCGCCCGCUCCACAUUUCCUUCUCAUUGCAAUAGAAUGAUGACUAAAUGUUUUUAGGGUGAGGGUUAUAGUCAUCCACGCGUUUGCAUACACUAUUAUUUAUAUUGUUUUAGAAUAAUAAUCCAAUAAUUUUGUAGCUACAGAGAUUAUAUUCAUUCACAAAAGAAAUGCUCUGCAAGGUAUUUGACACACUGACAAAGAUCCAGGGUUGUUGAAGAUUUUACUUCCUUUGAAUACUGUUAUAUUUGAUUUUGUCACUAAAAUUAAAGUUCAAAUGAAAACCA